AUGACGUACUCCGACACCUACCCUGGGAAGUUCCUUGGCCUCCUUGCUUUUGAUGACAUCGAGCAGAAGGCUGUUCUCUUGGACAUACAGAGGGAUUGGCGCCUGCUUCAGUCACUCGAAGCAUCCGACGACGAGUGGGCAAAGCACUACCUGAGACAGUUGCGGUGGCCAAUGGAACAGUGGACCAGAGAGAUGUUCGUGAUGCUGUAUGAGGAGAGCUUUAAGAAUGUGAGUAAAGAGGCGUUCGACAAACUCUUGGGUUUCGCGAAUUCGUGGAUGUCGACCCUUAUCAACGAGGACCUCUUCAACCGUUACCGUGCCAGGGAGCGCGCGCACCAAGCGAGCGUAUUUGGCAGGGUUUCUCGCUGGCACAAGGCAACCACCACUGAGUUGAUCAAGGACAUGAAGCUUGUGAACGUGACGCCUGACUUUUGCAGAGCUGAUAUCUCGGAGUUCUCGCUGGACCCGCAGUUGCUGGACGUCUUCACGGACGCGGCGAAGGAGUUCCCACACUUGAGCGGCCAGGGGAUGCUGAAGCGCGGGAUGGCGUGGCAGAGUGCUCGCAAGCUCCAGGGGGACAUCGCCGAGAUGAAAUUAUCCUGGCUGUCCUUGUGCAUCGAGCCUGGCAUGUACGUGAUGG